AUGCACAGCAAAAGAGACUUAACGACGUACAAGAUAAUAAUACUCGGGGAGAGCUACGUCGGAAAAACGAGCAUAGCUCGGCGGUUUGUCAACGAUGAAUUCGAUACAUCCCUAUUCUCUACGAUUGGCAUUGAUCUACUCAAGAAAAUUGUUAAAGUCGAUGACACCGAGGUGAAACUAGACAUUUGGGACACGGCGGGACAAGAAAGGUUUCAUUCUAUCACCAAAAGUUAUUAUCGCAGUGCUGACGGAAUAAUACUUGUUUUCGAUCUGCUGGACCUCAAAUCAUUUGACUGUAUCGAUAGAUGGUUCGAGGGGAUAUACACUGAAACGGACAGGAGCGUGCCAAUCUUUCUUGUGGGAAAUAAAUAUGACGAAGCAGAGCACAAAAAAGAUUUUGUGCUCGAUGUGUUUGAGGAGAAAGCAAGGAAUAUGAACGUAGAAUUUUUUGUGACGAGUGCUAAGAACGGACUGAAUAUAGAAUUACUGUUUUCUAGGAUGGCAGAGGAGCUUUCCAGGAAUGAAAAUGUGCUGGGAACACCAAUAAACGAUGUUAAAUUUGAGGUGAAGACGAAGAAGAAAAGCAAAUUGUGGAAAAAGUGUUGCUGAGAAACGAACUGUGAUUCAAUAAUUAUUAAAAUUAUCAUAUUACUAGCUGCGCUAUCCCGUUUUAAAAACGGGUGCAUGAAUGGAUAGUAGAUCAAAAUAGCGCUUUUGAAUGUGACUAAAACAUCAGGUCAUUCCUUUCUACCAACUGUUCUGUGGUUACAAAAUC